GAUCUGCGUUUUCAGGUCGGGGGUGGUUCCUUCGCUCAUGUUCUGGUUGUAUGUCUGUCCACUUGGAUGGAUCCGACAGCUCGUGGAUCAUCUUGUUGCCUCCUUUGGCCAUGGGGAAGUUUGAGCCUCUCAGGCUUGCGUCCCACCUUCAGAUGUGGGUUUUUGAAGCGGGAUCAGCAUCUCUUAGGUGGUGUUGGCUUUUGGUAUCGGAUAGGUGAGGUUUUGAGCCGGUUAAGGCUUAGCUUUGGUGGCAAUGACGAUUUAGGCUUUGGAUCUUUGGUUAUUUCUUUGAGUUUGCUUCCUAAUGGCAAUGGGGCAGGGGGAAUUCGUUUUCGACCGCCUGACCUUGACCCAGAUCUCAGGCUACCCCAUUCUAAUUUCAUUAUUUCCCUUCAAAGAAAAUCCUAAUUCUUUUCAUGGCGUUGACUUGGCUGUUGGUGCUAUCGGCCUGCCACCGGAUUCUAUACCGCUUCUUAAUGUUCCACAGGGUCACGAAAGAUCAGAUUCACCGCUUGAUAAUAGUCGUGAUCAGAAGAAAAGUAAAAUCAUCAAUGGAACUUUCGUCGAGAAUCCUUUGUGGGAGGCCAUGGAUGUCGGCAACGCUGGGGGAGUAUAUCAAUUUGUGGUUUCACAUGAGGCUGUUGUCGGUAGUGGUGCUGCCGUUAUCCAACCGGGGGAUCGAUCUAUCGAGGAGGGUUCAAGCAAGAUCUUGUAUGCCAAUAUGGUUAAGGGACCGAAGAGAACGACUCAACAAGAGACUGUUACUGCUGAGUUAUGGGGUAUCUUUGUUGGGCUAACUUGUGCAUGGGAGCCUGCAGCUUCUCUUGUGAUUUUGGAGUGUGAUAGCUUGGAAGCUAUUCGAAUGGUUGAGCGAGUUCAGGAGGGAUUUAACAAUCUCACGAUCGCUGCUCAUAUUGCAGCUUUGUUACAACGGAAUUGGCAGGUUCAGUUGAGGCAAUUCAUCGAGAGGAUAGUCGUGUUGCUGAUGCUCGAGCGAAACUAAAUCGAGGUUGAAGCUCAUGUUCUGUAAUUGCUGAAACUCAAACAUGCAAUCAAGGAUGGAAGGAGAGUGCGGAACGACAAUGUCGAUCGAGUGAAACAUGCUAUUUUUCCUUUCUCGGAAGGGUCUUAUUGAUGGUAGGGCUGUAAAUGAGUCGAGCUGAGUUCGAGUAUUGUUGAACUCGACAUGAAAAUAUUAAAGUUGAGUUGUGCCAGACUUGUAAGCUCGUGAGCUUAAAAUAGUUCAGCUUUUGAAUUCGAAAUAAAAAAUUCAAGCUCGAA